CCGCUCAUCACUGAACAACCCCCGGCGGCAACCCUCCCCACAGAUGGCCGGCGAACCCAGCGCCGCCGUGGCAUCGGGGCCCGAAUCCGCGGCCGAGGCCGACCGCCUCCUGGCGCUGGCCGAGUCGGAGCUCUCCGCGGGCAGGCUCCGAGCCGCGCGCAGGCACGCCCUCCGCGCCGCCCGCCUGUACCCGACCUCCCCGCGCGCCCCGGUGGUGGCCACCGCCGCCAACGUGCUCCUCGCCGACGCCUCCUCCCACCACGCCGCGCUGCUGCUGCCCGAACCCGACGACCCCGACGCCUCGCCGCUCUCCGCCUCCGAGCUCCGCCGCCACUUUAAGUCGCUCGUCAAGUCCCUCCGCGUAGGCCUCGACGCCGCCACCGCAGCCGCCUACCCCUCCGUCGCCGCCGCCGCUGAGGAGGCACUCGGCCGCGCCACCGAGGCCUACGAGGCGCUCACCGCCCCUGCCCCUGGGACCUUCUGGACCGCCUGCGCCGGGUGCCGCCUCCUCCACGAGUUCGAGCGCAAGUAUGUGGGAUACCGCCUCGCCUGCCCAUCCUGCCGCCGUACCUUCAUCGCCGUGGAGGUCACACCUCCGCCGGAGGACGAACCCGUUGCCCGUAGGCCUGCGCCUCAGCGGCUGCCACCGGCCAAGAGGCCGGAGAAGAUGGAGAUGACGCUCGCCGAGAUGCAGCUCCAGCUCGUCAAGAAGCGGAGGGGCGCAGAGGUUCCGGAGACCUCUUCCCGAGACUUGGUGGUGGCGGAGGAGGAGGAGGACGCCGCCGCCGAGGAGGCUGAGGCGGAGAACAACCAUUUAGACCUGAUGCCCGUGGAGGACUCCGACUUCUACAACUUCGACGCCGACCGUGGCGAGAGGUGCUUCAAGAGAGGCCAGCUGUGGGCUCUGUACGUCGACGCCGAUGGCAUGCCGCGGCACUAUGCGCUGGUGGAUGAGGUGCAGCGAGGCACCCAGUUCAGGGUGCAGAUACGGUGGCUCGAUGGCGAGGAGGGGAAGCCGGGGAAGCCAUGCGGUCAGUUCAAUGUUGGGAGAGCAGACACCGUGGAUUCGGUGAACGUCUUCUCCCACCUUCUGGCCUGCGAGAGGGCAGCGAGCGAGGUGUACCGGGUUUAUCCCAGGAAGGCCUCGGUUUGGGCGCUCCAUGGUGGCGACAGGGCGAAGAUAAAGUAUGACAUCGUGGUGAUCCUCAGUGGUUACGAUGAUCGGUAUGGUGCCAGCUUCGGGUACCUGGAGAAGGUGGAGGGCUUCAGGAGCAUCUUCACACGCCGGGACAUCGGAAGCCAUGCUGUCCACUUCCUUCAGAAGGGUGAUCUUGGGGCGCUUUCGCAUCAGAUACCAGCCAGGAAAGUGCCCAAGGGCGAGGGAUCGGUCCUGCCUCCCGGGGAUUGCUGGGAACUUGAUCCUGCAUCGUUGCCUCCCGAGUUGCUGUGCCUGUGCAUCGAACCACCGAAAUGACCUGCUUAUGGUGUCAAAGGUUGUUGCAGGUGUUUUAGUUGUUAGGAUCGGCUGUGUAUAUGGCACAUAAAUCGCAGAGGAAGGCUGCUGGUUUGUUCUGCCAUGUCAAAUAGUAUGAGGAUCCGUCUGAUUUGCCAACUCUAGCUGGGCACUGCUCAUGUUUAUGAUCCUUCUUCAUGUAGUUUCUCAGGUAGCAUGAUUAAACUUGUAGCUAUUUGAGUGUUAAUUCCUGGUACCCAUGGUGUAUGACAUGAAUGGUUUUUUGGUACUGAUGGCAGACUAACACUGCUCUGGUAUAUGGAUGAUUCUUAUGAACUUCCUUUA